AUGACCGAAACUAGCAAUCUUCCUGUUUACACGUAUACCUCGAUGUUGAAUCUACAAAAGAUGCAGCGAGAAUUAAUUUACAAUCUCAGAAUGACAUUUCGCGCUCUGAUAAACUGUGAUAUGCAAAACAAUGAGUUUGCAACAGCAAUUGAUCGUGAGUUUAUGUCGGCCAUUAAAAUAGGGACGGGUUCCUUUUUUACACUCACCAUGAAAUACAUCUCUACCUUUAUCAUCGGUAUGGUCUUGAGCCUUGUGCUUAGCCUAGCUUGGAUGCCGGUCAUCAAUGCUGAUUGUUCGAUAGGUGAAGGAAAACGUGAUUGUCACUCGGGUUUUUCUUGUGGCUCCGAUAAAGAUUGCAUAUUCAAGAAUUGUGAAAAUUUUGUUUGCGUACGCAAUCUGGUUAACGGCUGCAAGGUUGGAGGUCAGAAGAAUAAUUGUAACCUUGGCGAUCCCUGUGUGACCAGUGAUGACUGCAAAACACCUGGUUGUGAAGCCGAUGAUAAUGGAAAUUCUUUUUGUGUCUAA